GCGGAAAAACAUCCAAGUCAGAAAGAGGGACUUGUCUAGUCGCAGCAACAGCGCCUUGCUACUCCAUACUCGUUCCUGGUCUUGGUUUCACUAAAGAGCCCGAGGUUCACCAUAAUCAAGAUCUGUUAAAUUCCUAAACAACAUGGAAGGAUUAGAACAAUGGAAGAAUCAUGCAGAGCAAUUGUCAUCUCAAGUAUUACAGCAAUGCAAGGAACAGGCAGAGCAAUUGUCAUCUCAAGCACAUGAAUACCUUCAGCAGGUUCCACCUGUUCAGAUCUAUGUUGCUGUUGCCAUGUUGCUAUUAACCUCAUUGUUCCUCUUAUCUGGUAGGUUGUUUAAAUGCCAAAAAGCUAAUACCAUACUGUUGACUGGGCUUAGUGGGAGUGGGAAGACUGUUCUUUUCUAUCAACUUCGGGAUGGCUCCUCUCAUCAAGGUACUGUCACAUCAAUGGAACCAAAUGAGGGAACUUUUGUGCUCCAUUCUGAAAAAUCAAAGAAUGGAAAGGUAAAGCCUGUACAUCUUGUUGAUGUUCCUGGGCAUUCUCGCCUUAGACCCAAGCUAGAUGAGUUCCUGCCUCAGGCAUCUGGGAUAGUCUUUGUGGUAGAUUCUUUGGAGUUUUUACCGAACUGUCGUUCUGCUUCAGAGUACCUGUAUGAUAUUUUGACCAAGGCAACUGUAGUGAAGAAGAAAAUUCCCGUUCUUAUUCUCUGCAAUAAGGCGGACAAAGUGACUGCACAUAGCAAGGAAUUUAUUCAAAAACAAUUGGAGAAGGAACUUGACAAAUUACGAGCAUCAAGAAGUGCUAUAUCAACAGCUGAUAUUGCAAAUGAUUUUACUCUUGGGGUAAUUGGAGAACCAUUUUCAUUCCCUCAAUGUCAGAACAAAGUUAAAGUAGCUGAAGGUGCUGGUAUUGAUGGUAACUUGAUUGAGGUGGAACAGUUUAUCAGGGACCAUGUAAAAUCUUAGGUGUGUUCUCCGAGUUGUUAAAUUUGUGGUGUUUCUUCUCUGAGAGUUGGGUUGAUGUUGUCAUUUGAUCAUUGAAAAUCCUUAACAAAGGUUCUCAAAUCAAUUGAACUUCCCAAGGUAAGUGGAGGAAGGAAUUUUAUGAAAUGGAGAUGAAGGAAGAGAUAGAUACUAAUCAUGGUUAUGUUGUAGCUGGUAAGUGAAACAUGAUACCAAAGAACUAACUGUCUGUGGAGGCUUUUUGCUAGUUUGAAAAAUCUUGGAACUGACUAU